AUGAGCCGCCGACGACCCCGAUGCACCGAGUGCGGUUCACGCUCCUGGUCCAGACUGCCCGCGGGCGGAUACGUCUGCGAAGAGGGCCACCGCCAGCUUGCAUGUCCCCACACCAUCUCAUCCAAGCUCAAGCAGGGCAUCCGGGAUGAGAUAGCCGACGUGGACGAAGGAAAGGCGUACGCCGGUGCAGUCUCGCAUUCUCAGAGGCGCACAAAAAGGGUCAAACAUGUCGAUGAGCGACGACGUCUCAACAAGGCAGAGAGACGCUACGUCCUGCUGCAGGCUAUGCAGACCAUUCUCAGGCAUCAGACUGCCGCUCUGAUCGCCGGCUGGAACUUGCCAGCCGUUUUCGAGGAUAUCGUACGAGACAUCUGGGCUAUCGUAGUGGACAGUCAUCUGGUCAUGCCAGACGAGUUUUGGUCCGAUCGCCAGGCCGCAGAACUCGUCAUCGGCCAGCCAACCCUGCCUCAUCUCUCGCUCAACGAGCAUCUCUCUGACCUCGCGAGUGAUUCGGAGCUCGAGAGCUCUUCUACAGACGAGCUCUCUGACCACUCGAGCUCGAGAGAAGCGGGGCAAGCGCCUUCCAACAACCAAAGCGCCGAUAAAGCCUCUCUUGUCCCGCUCAAGCCGAGCCAAUUACUUAUCAUACUCUACCUUGCUUGCCAAUUUUUGCGCGUCCCCUGCUUCUUCGCUGACCUCUUGCGCCUCGCAAAGACUGAACAGAUCCCAUGGAACAGCGCCCUCGGCUUACUGCCAGAAGCUAUCUUGCGUGAUCUCCCAACGAUCUACCAGGCCCGAUACCUCGCAGAUACUCGCUCGAUCGAGCUGCAUCUGCUGCACCCCAACAAGGCUUGCUACGCUCGACCUACCCGAGAUCUCAUAUCGGACACGACCUUGAUCGCACAGCAAAUGGCCGCCAAAAGCAUCGAUCUUCCACCCAUCAACAUGCCUCCUCUGCUACGACGGCUUGUCGAGCAUCUCGCCCUACCUCCCAUCGCCUAUCAGAUUGUCAAACAGCUCAUCGCGAGACUCGAUCUCCCACUCGUCUGGGAUACUAGCGAGCUGCAGCGUCGUCACACCAACCCAUCCGAGCUUCAGUCAGAAUCAGGCGCUGGGCGUCCUGGCUUACGCUGGCAUCUCGUAUUCGGGCUGUCGGCGGCACAGUCUCUCGUGCGGUGUCCGGACGUCCUUCUGGCUGCUCUCGUCGUUUCUGCGGCAAAGGUCAUCUACGGACUGGACGGUCAGGUACGCCUGCACGACCUCGAGGGCGGGAGGGACCUGCUCGCAUUGCCAAGCCAUUCGAGAUGGAUAUCCGCCUUACGGAAGCUUGAUCGCCUGCCUAGCCGCCACGCUAUUGAUGCGCUUUGGCAGAAAGAUAUCACGGAGCUCUCGGAUGGCGAGAUCGACGCUUAUGUGGCUUUUUGUGACAUUCAUCUUGGGAAUCGACAGAGUGGCAGUCGCAUUCGGAAUGGAGCUACAAGGCUAUUCGAAGAGGAUCAUGCAUCCGGUAGCGCUCACACUGUGCAGCGACAUCUCGAAGCGAGUGAAAAGAGACUCGGCGACAUCGCAAGCGACCUAUAUGCCGGCGAGACAGCGCCACCGACGGGCGCCGCGCUUCCGCGUGGCAGCAUCCGGACCCAUAACCACCGGCGAGAGGAACCUGUGCAUGCGGACCUGGAACUGGUCUGCAAGCGCGUUGGCGGUCUGAUCGGAACAGAGACGGGUGAGAUGGUCGAGGUCGUGGCUAUGGUAGAAUGCGGUUUGGGCCCUGACCUCGUGCAGGAAGAGCAAAGUGAGAGGCUUCGCGGGAAGUUCAACCUCAACAGGACUACUGGCACAGGCGGCACGGCUUGACAGUGGGGCUAUUCAUGCAACGGAGUA